GAUCAUUGAGGAGUGGACUAGGAAUACAAAAGAUGAAGUUAACUUCAGUGUUGUGUUUAGCUUUCGCUUGCUUUUCGGCGACAUAUGGAGGUCCAGUCAAAAAUUCUUGUUCAGGUGGAGAUUGGUACAUUGAAGAUGAUGCUGAUGUUAAAUACUUUUACAGAUGUUGGGGAUUUAGAAGUGGCAAUUUGGACAGACUUAGAUGCGGAAAAGGAACUUGUGUCAGACCUGGUUUCGGAGCUCAAGACGGUGUUGCUCCAUGCACUGAACACUGCGAUAACUUGCUUGUACCAGAUGUAACAAUGGCUCCGCCCGUUGGAUUUGAAUGUAACUUCGAAAACGGCUUAUGUGAUAUGACAGUAAAUGCUGAUGGAUAUUACAGUUGGCGAAAUGUGUCAGCACCAGCUUCCACACCAGGUACUGGUACACCUGUUGAUCAUACAACUGGUUCGGGAUUUUAUUUGACUGCUGAUGCUGAUUACGCUUUUGGAAGCAGUAAAACCACUGUGGCCACAACCCCUAUGAUCAGUGUUAUGGAGCCAUCUGCUUUAGAAUUCUACUACAAUAUGUACGGUUCAAAAGUUUACGAACUUAGCAUUUGGAUUAAACACGGAGCUGUCCGUAGAAAGCUGUGGUCUAAGACUGGAGACCAAGGACCAGGCUGGCGUUAUGCUAAAAUUGCUGUACCUGGUGGCCUGACGGGAGGUUACCAAAUUGAAUUUGAAGGCAAUACUCAAACCACCGGCAUUACUGAAGGUGAUUUAGGCCUUGACGACAUAAGAUUGAGAGAAGGUGAAGCCAUCGAUGCUAAUGAUUGCAAAGACCUAAAAGCCAAAGGUUCAUCUGCCGAUGGACGGUACAAAAUCAGAUUGAGCACCCCUGAUCGAAGAGUGGUCACAGUUACAUGUUAUCUUGAUAUGGGACAAACCGUUAUCCAACAAAGAAUGGAUGGAUCAAUUAGCUUUAACAGAACUUGGGCAGAAUACAAAAAUGGAUUCGGAAACUAUAUGUCUUUCUGGGCUGGCUUAGAAAACAUCCACUACUGGACUUCCAGAGGAACCUACAAAUUGAGCGUUUCUUUAACUGAUCACACCGAUAGAACCUACACUGCUGAAUAUAAUGACUUCAACGUUGAUACUGAAGCCGAGAAAUACAAAUUGACCAUUGGUUCCUAUGCAGGUGGAGAUGCUGGUGAUGCUCUUUUGCACCCACAGGGCAACUUGAAUCAUAACAACAUGAAAUUUAGUACAUAUGACCAAGACAAUGAUGCAAGCAGCUUCCCAUGCGCCAAACAAUAUAAGUCCGGAUGGUGGUUCAACUACUGCUGGGCUGCUAACUUGAAUGGUCUUUGGUCAUCUGGACCAAAUUGUCAAUACACUUGCGCCCAAUGGAAGAACCUUGGAGAUAGAACAUUCAAGAAAAUUAGCAUGUCUAUCUACUAA